AUGGAUUCAGAAAAUGCGAUUCGUUUAUUGUCUGUAGCGGCUGCAAAGUCGUUCUGUUUUCUGUUAUAUCAUCAUUUAUAUCAUCAUUUAUUUUCAGAACCAUCGCUUAUCGUUAUGUGGUUUUUCAUUUUUAUUGGUAUUGUUCCAUUCUGUUGGUCAGCAGAUCCUUCGUCAGAAUGCUCGUUUCAAAAUAUCGAAAAAUUUAUUGGCCAUUUUAACUUCUCUAUAAUUGGCACACUUUCUGGCUGUUCAUUAGUCUACUUUGUCGGCGAUGAGAUUUCGGGAACAAAUUUUACCUAUUCUGAUAUUCUUGGAAAGAAAUCUAUUUGUAAUAACCGGCCCAUUUUUUUCAUGGACCAUAACGAAUAUGUGAUUGGUUUGCCAGUAUAUAAAAACUUGUAUGUCACAAAGUGUGAUUGGAAAAAGUAUUCAAAUUUUUAUAUUUGUCAAUUUGACAAGGCCACUUGGGGAAACAAAACAAUUUCAGUGGAGGCAUUUAUGCCCAAGUAUUUGGCAGAUGCCAAUAAUUCCACUUUGCAUGUGAUUUAUGAAAACGAUAAUGGAGAUACUGUCGAUAAAGCUAUUGAUUUAAUCAGUUUGAAGCCGAUAACGACUGUUGUCCUCGGUGAUAGUGAAGUAAAAUAUGCUUCUUAUGACAGUGAUUUACAACGACUGUACUAUAAAAGUCGGAUUGAUAUUGGAUAUCGGACAGUUGUAAAUAUUAAGGGUGCAUUUGAAAAUUUUUCCCAUUUUACUGUUUUAACCAAAUUUAAUAAAUCUUUCUCUGAUGCUGUAUCAUUCAGCAACAAUUUCUACAUCGUUAAAAAGGAAACACUUGAUGGAGAGUACGAGUUUCACAUCGGGCACGAAAAUAAAACAGCAACAAUGUGCAUAUCUAAGAUGGCCGAAAAUCUUGAUCUGCAGAUUUUGGUUGACACUGGUGCAGGUUCCGUGUAUUCUAUGCUUCGAUCUCAGAUAGCACCUCUACCUAUUAAUUUCACCACUUAUGCUCCUACUACACCUACUAGUGGAGCAUCGUCACUCAUUGCUUUAUACACAUUUUUAUUACUCGUUAUUUUCACUAUUAUUUAUCGACUCUGA